UGUACUAUAUGAAGUGAGCAACUUGUUGUUGGUGUUUUGAUUCGGUUUGGUAUUCGAAAACAUUCGAUUUUUUUUGUUCGGUGUUUUAUUUUUUGAUUUUCAAUUUGAUCUUUUUGGACAUUUGUUAUUCGUAUCCGACUAAAACAACAACAACAAAAAUGUUAUCUUGUCAUCGGACAUUAUCCAUAUGGAUUUUCACAUUAAUUUUAUUAUCCAAUCAUAAUCACUAUUGUAAUGGUGAUGAAAAUAUAAAUUCAUUGAAUAAUGAAUAUGAAUAUGAUUCAACAUUAUUUCCUGAUCGUCCAUUACAGCUUGUUCGACCAGAUGAUGAACAUAAAAAUCUAAUAAUUGUUGAAGAAAAUAUUAAAUUUUUGCAUACAAUUACCGAACCAGUAAGUUUAAUAUCGGUGGUUGGAAAAUUUCAUUCAGGUAAAUCAUAUCUGAUGAAUCAAUUGAUGAAAAAAUCAAAAGGAUUUGGUAUCGGUUCAAAAGUUACACCUGAAACGAUGGGUAUAUGGCUUUGGGGAAAGCCAAUAAAAUUCGGUUCAAAACGACAAGAUCAUUGGACAUUAAUGCUCGAUACUGAAGGUUUUGCUGCAACAAAUAUUUCGGAAAAUUAUGAUGCAAAAAUAUUUGCCGUUGCAACAUUAAUGAGUUCAACAUUAUUGUUUAAUUCAGUAAAAAUAAUUGAUCAAUCAGAUAUUGAUUAUCUUGAAUUAUUGGCAAGACGUACACAAUUGUUUGCAUUGAAAGCAGUGAUGACACCACGAGCAAAUGUUUCGCUAAAUGAUCAUCCUCAAAGAUUAAAAAAUUCAAUUUAUCAAUUAGAUUCAGAAAUAUUACAAUUUCCAUCAUUAAUAUGGGUAAUACAGGAUUUUGUUCAAGAUGUUGAUGAAGGUAAAAAUUGUAAAGAUUGGCUUAUUGAAUUAUUAUCAACACAUACACGUGAAACUGAAUCCUAUUCAAUAUCAUUGAAAGAUAUAUUUCCAUCAGUUGAUUGUCAUACAUUGUUUAUACCAAGUGCCAAUAAAUAUCAUUUAGCUGAUUUAUCACGUGCCGAUGAACAUGAUCUUCUAGAUGAUUAUCGUUAUGAACGUGAUGAACUUAUCGAAAAAUUAAGUGAUUUAUUACGACCAAAAUUUCGUAAUUCAAUCGCUAUGACCGGUACCGAUUUAGUACAUAUAUUUCGUAUGCUUGUUAAUGCAGCCAAUUCUGGAUCGUUAACCGAAAUACCAAAUCGUUGGGAUGCAUUUCUUGAUCGUUUAAAACAAUCAUCAAUUGAUGAAUGUUUUAAAUUCUAUGUUAAUUAUAUGAAUAAUUUAUUGGUUGAACAAUUAAAUAAUGAACCAGUUUCAAUGAAAUAUCUUGAAGAAUGGCAUCAAACAGCAUUACAAAAAUCAUCAACAUUAUUACAGAAUCUUUUGCAAGGUCUUGAAAGUCAUCUUCAUGUAUCACAACAACAAUUAGCUGAUAACAUUCGUAAUUCAUAUACUUUAAUCAAAACAGUUAAUAAGCAAAAAAUUCAGAUGAAAACAUUUUCUAUUCGAAAAAAAAUGGAAACUGAAAUUGUCAAUGAAUUUUUGUCAAUAAAAUAUCCAGUUUUGACCGAAAAUAUUCGACAAUUUGCCAUCAAACUUAAAUCAAAUAUUUCUGAAGAAUUUUAUGAAGAAAUAAAAAAUCUGGUACCAAAAGAAGAAAUUACCGGUGAUAUUGAAUUUAUUGAACGUUUUAUUGAUUUGACAGCCGAUUCUUCAAUGCUUGAAAAUAAUAAACAUUUGGAUAAAUAUUUUGAUGAAAAUAUUCAAUCAUCAAUAAAUGAUGGCUUUUCCAAAUUACAGAUCGAUACAAAUCGACCGAAAGUUUUAUCAAAAUUUAUUGCCUAUUUAAAUGAAUUGGAAAAUAAUGCUAAAAAAAUGUUUGAAAAUCGUGUAGAAAAUUUUGCUAGCGAACGUGAACUUUAUAAAUCAAAAAUUUAUAAAUUAAAUAGCUUGUUGAAUGAACGAAAACAAUUAAUUUUUGAAGAUCAAGAAAUGGCUGUUGGUAAAUUUUUACGAAAAGAACUUGCUUCAUGUUACAAAGAAUUUGAUGAACGUAUUUCAAAUGAACGGCUAAAAUUUCCUAUUGAUUUUGAUCAUUUUGAUGAAAUUGUUCGAGAAGAAUCAUCUCGUAUUGAUACAAAAUGUAUUCAACCAUUGAAUCUUUAUUCUGAUUAUAAAAUUCAUAAAAAAGUUAUUGACGAAGUAAUUACAAAUCUCAAACAAAUAAUCGAAAAACGUUCCAAACAAAAUCUUGAUGCAUUCAAACAAGAAGUUGAAAUACCAUUAAAAACUGCUAAACAAAUAAUUAUAUCAUCAAAAGAUUCAUAUUCAACAUUUUUUCGUUUUAAAAAAUUUAUACAUGACAUUUGUAUUAUUCAAUUAGAUAAUGGUCUUGCACAAGAAUGGCCAUUAUCAUUAAAAAACAAAGUAAUCGAUUCAUUUAUUAAAGAUGAUCAAGAAUUGUUUAAAAUUCUUGAAUCAAAACGUUCAAUUUGGUCAACAAUUGUUGGAUUUUUUCAAUGGAUUUAUAGCUUUUUUGGAUAUUGAACAACAAACAACGAAAAUUGUGAUCAUAAAAAAAAAAUAUUUUAUAAUAACUUUGAUACGGCCAAACAAAUUGAAUUCUUCUACU